CUGUUUACGUAGGACGCCGUCGGUCGAAAGCCAUAGAAAUAUAGUCGAAAGCAAUGUCGUUGUUGAUCUUUGUACUAGGCCUACUAAUCAGUGGGAAUGAAAAUGCGAAGCAAAUGCUGGUGUAACAUAGUUCAUAUAAAUUAAAUGUUGCCGUCUCGGUGGUUCGUGCUUUCUACAAGAUGGCAAUGGCAUCGUCGGACUGCAAUCGUAGCACCCCCGACGGUAACGUUACAGAGAAAGAUAAACUGCUAACCUCUGUAGUGAGCUAUGGCUCAGGUGAGUGCAAGGGACGUGUUCAGACUGACCGUAGACCAGCUGACCUCGAGGGAUCGCUGCUGCAGCAACAGCUUGAACAUGAGGAAGAAGAGCUUCGAAGAAAGAUGAAGUACUUCUUCAUGAGUCCGUGUGACAAAUACCAUGCCAAGGGCCGUAAACCAUACAAGCUGCUCCUGCAGAUCCUCAAGAUUGUCAUUGUCACUGUUCAGCUGGUGAUGUUUGGUCUGAGUAAUCAGAUGGUGGUGAACUUUAAGGACGAGAACACAGAAGCUUUCAGGCACCUCUUCCUGAAAGACUACCAGGACGACCCUGACUCCCCGCUGGCCGUGCACACCCAGAGUGAUGUCUACAGCAACAUCCAUUAUGCCAUAGACCAGUACCUGGCUUUGGCAGACACCUCCAUUGGCUGCUAUGCCUAUGUGCUGGGUGUGGGGGUGAAUGGCAGUGCCCUAACCCUUUGUCAGCACUACUACAAGAAGGGACACAUCGAUCCUGUCAAUGACACAUUUGAUAUUGAUCCACGAAUCAUGACUGACUGCAUAGGAGUGGACCCCCCUUCAGAGUCCACUGCUUCACUCACUGAUGACUAUAAAAACUUCACCCUUAAAUUCCACAAGCUGAUUAAUGUAACCAUCAACUUCCAGCUAAAGGCCAUCAACCUGCAAACUAUCAUAAAUAACGAGAUCCCAGACUGCUACACCUUCCGUAUCACGAUCCUACUGGACAACCAGGCUCAUAGUGGGAGGGUCAAGAUCAGCCUCGAGAACCAGGCCUCCAUCCAGGAAUGUCGGGACCCGAAUGUCUCUGGACAGGCGGAUAGUAACGCGCGCGUGGCGUUUGAUGUGACUGUUGCGGUCGUGUGUUUGCUGUCCCUUGUGCUCUGUGGUCGGUCCAUUCUCAGAGGAGUGCUUCUGCAAAAUGAGUUUGUGCAGUUCUUCAAGCACAGGUUGGAGCGCAAUGUGUGCUGGGGAGACAGGAUGGAGUUCAUUAACGGCUGGUACAUCCUACUCAUCGUCAGUGAUGUGUUUACCAUUAUCGGGAGCUUCAUCAAGAUCGGCAUUGAGUCUAAGGGCAAUUCAUUCUACGACCUGUGUGGAAUUUUACUUGGCACAUCAACUCUGCUGGUGUGGGUUGGUGUCAUCCGAUACCUCAGCUUCUUCCAGAAAUACAACAUUCUCAUUGUGACGCUGCGGGCUGCAUUCCCCAAUGUGAUUCGCUUCUGCUGCUGUGCUGCUGCCAUCUACAUGGGCUACUGCUUCUGUGGCUGGAUUGUGCUUGGACCAUACCAUGCCAAGUUUCGGUCACUGUCCACGGUGUCGGAGUGCCUGUUCUCUCUGAUCAACGGGGACGACAUGUUCGCCACCUUCUCGGAGCUGGAGCACAGCAGCACCCUGGUGUGGGUCUUCAGCCAGGUCUACCUGUACACGUUCAUCUCCCUCUUCAUCUACAUGGUGCUGUCGCUCUUCAUCGCCCUCAUCACCGGAGCCUACGACACCAUCAUGCAACAAACCCAAACCCAGGAUCCAUCACACAUCACAGAACUGCACGCCUUCAUAGCACAGUGCACUGACACGCCCUGCUCUGGGAAGUUCCGUGGAUCGGAGCCCAAAUCCUGCUCUCUUUUCUGCUGCUUUGACCAAUGAGGGACCACUCUGUGUGUGUGUGUGUGUGUGUGUGUGUGUGUGUGUGUGUGUGGAGGUCUGUCUGUAGGUCUUAGUGUAUGCCUUUGUUUGUUAGUGGUAUUUAUGUGAAGCCUUAGGGAAAUUGGUAAGGUAACACAAAGGGAAGAAAAGGAUCAUGUUUGUCAUUAGACAACAGUGUCUGCAUGACCUUCCUCGUGAAGAACUCCCAUUAUGGUGUGUUCGCUCACCUUGAACGCACAUAUAGCUAACAUGUACAUAUAUACAAUGUAAUAUUUCUUGUGAUAUGCUGGGUUUUUGCCUUACCUACACGCUCACUGAGCACCAGUAAUGCGUGAUGUGCAUAAAGACAUGAAGGCACACUGCCCCCUAAUGGCCAAUUGAGGCCUCCACGAGUCACAUGUACUGACUAUUUAUUUAACGCUCUGCUGUGAAGGCUUCGGUUUGGCUUUGCACCCAAUUCACAGCGGUUAACACCAGUGUAGUAGAACAGUUCAUCCUGUUUGCCAUAAUGGACCAUGGUUGAUUAACUGUUCGCUUACUUAAAGACACAGUAGUAUUUUCUCAGAUGUGAGCACAACUGU